AUGGCAUCUCAAUUUCCAGCUGUGGCCACAGAUGCGGUCCUCAAACAGUCAGAUCCGGUACCGGAAGACUUUGAAGAGGUCAAAGGUAUCGAUUAUUCCAAAGAUUCAGCCUACAAUAUGACUGCGGUAGAUUUAAUACUGCUGAUGAAAAAUAUGGGUUUCCAAGCAUCGUCCGUGAGUAAAGCUUGUGAUAUUAUCAACCAGAUGAGAAGUUGGAGAGGAAAAAAGAAGCUGGAGUUGCCAGAACACGAACAAACUGGAGAGUUCGAUGACGAAGGGUACCAAAAAACUACUAUUUUCUUGGGUUAUACUUCCAACUUGAUCUCUUCUGGCUUGAGAGAUACGUUGAGAUUUUUGGUUCAACACAAGAUGGUGAGUGCAAUUGUAGCUUCUGCUGGUGGAAUUGAGGAGGAUUUGAUCAAAGUAUUGGCGCCAACGUAUAUGGGAGAGUUCAGUUUACCUGGAAAAGGACUUCGAGACAAGGGUAUGAACAGAAUUGGUAAUCUUUUGGUUCCCAACGAUAACUACUGUAAGUUUGAGGAAUGGAUCGUGCCAGUUUUGGACAAGUGUCUUGAGGAGCAAGAGGCUGCGAUGGCCGAGGCAGGAAGCAAUGGGUUGAAUGCUGACUCUGCUGCUGUUUGGACUCCAUCAAAGUUGAUUGACCGGUUAGGAAAAGAGAUCAACGAUGAGUCCUCGGUUCUUUAUUGGGCCCACAAGAACCAGAUUCCCGUGUUUUGUCCUGCUCUUACCGACGGAUCCAUUGGUGACAUGUUGUUCUUCCACACAUUCAAGGCAUCACCUCAGCAAUUGCGUCUUGAUAUAGUAGCUGAUAUAAGAAAGAUCAACUCGAUGUCUAUGGCUGCGCUGCACGCAGGUAUGAUCAUUUUGGGAGGUGGUUUAAUCAAGCACCAUAUUUGCAAUGCCUGUCUUAUGCGGAAUGGAGCUGAUUACGCCGUAUACAUCAAUACUGGUCAAGAGUUUGAUGGUUCUGAUGCUGGAGCUCGUCCCGAUGAAGCUGUUUCCUGGGGAAAGAUCAAGGCCGAUGCUCAUUCGGUCAAGGUGUACGCCGAUGUUAGUGUGGUGUUUCCUUUAAUGGUUGCAGCCACCUUCGCAGCCACCAAGCCAUAG